AUGUACGUGGAUUUUUUAACUGGCAUGUGCCUCCAAGAGGAUAACCAGCAAAACUUGCAGCCUUUGCCCGGUUUCAACCAAUUUACUGACCGACUCAACACCACAAGAAUUAAAUUUUUUCAUCACUUUCAUCGACACACCGGCACCGGACUCGCCACCGAACGGGGUGUAUUCCGUUUCGCACCUGAAGACAUAGAACGCUACCACCACCAGAAUUCGACGUACAAUGACAACAAUCUUUUGAUGCAAGAUAAAACGUACUUAGACGAUGGUUCGCAAAAUUCAUUCCUAUACAAUGCCGAUUGCAUGAAUUUGCUUUCGCCGGACGAGAAAUUGUCAUUUUCGGAAGAAGAGAACGUAACUACGGACAUUGGCCAGCAGGAAGAAAUGCAAUGCAGAUGGAUGGAUUGUCAUUUAGUAUUUAGUGAUCGGCGGACGCUUGUUGGGCACAUUGAAAAGACGCAUGUGAAGUGUGGAAAAGCUGAGGAGUACUCGUGCCUGUGGUUAGGAUGUCUGAGGAGCAAACGGCCGUUCAAUGCGAGGUACAAGCUGCUGAUCCACAUGCGCGUCCACUCGGGAGACAAGCCGAACAAAUGUCCGUUCAAUGGUUGCGACAAGGCGUUCUCGAGGCUGGAGAACUUGAAGAUUCACCAGCGCUCCCACACUGGCGAGCGUCCGUACGGCUGCCAGUACGCCGGAUGCCGGAAGGCCUUCAGCAACAGCUCGGACCGUGCCAAACAUCAGAGGACGCACUUUGACACGAAACCCUAUGCGUGUCAGGUACCCGGUUGCAGCAAAAGAUACACCGACCCUUCGAGUCUCCGCAAACACGCCAAGUUGCACGGUCUCAGGUCAGCUUCAACCUCCAACGACUCCGUCCCCGUCGAACAGAAGAAAAUUCAACCCUCGCCUGAUGAUUUUAUCCCAAAAACUUAUAUGGAAAAUAAUCUUGAAAGUACCAGCUUAGAUAUUUUAGAUGCACUCGACAUGGAUGAUGUUUCCAAUUGCCUAUUUACCAUUGAACAAGAACAGGAGGAAUAUGUUCCUUUCGAUUCCGUGAGACACUUAUUAGAUGAACAUAUUGGUUUUCUCGAUAAUGCACUGGAUUACGAUGAAGCUAUACUUUGAUACGUGAUAUAAUAGUAUCAGAUUUAAAUUAUAAGUUAAAGUUUGAAGCUGGUGAUGAGAAUUUAGUAAACAAUGAUCGUUUUGUUUCGAACAAAUAAAAUUCAGCCUACUUCUGGUGAUCGUAUUUCGAAAACUUAGUACCAGCUUAUAUAUUCUAGAUCUAGAUGUACUCAAACGACCUAUAUGACGUUUCCACUGGAUUACGAUAAAGAAAUACUUUGAUAUGUGAUAUGAUAUUAUCAAAAUCAAAGUAUAGGUUAUAGCUUAAUUCUGGUGAUGAGAAUUAUUUUCGUUUUGUUUCCAACAAUUUUAUAAAAGGACGUGUCUCACUUAUAAAUUCAU